AUGGUUGUGUUAGAAGGUGGAAGUAUGCUAUCUUCAAGUGGUACCCAUCAGUAUCUUCAACCGGAUUACCUGUCUCCAUUACCAACUACGCUGGAUGCGAAAAAGAGUCCACUCGCACUACUAGCCCAAACUUGCAGUCAAAUAGGAGCUGAUAGCCCUUCAACAAAACCUUUAAUAUCCUCUUUGGAUAAAUCCAAAAAAGCCAAUGAUGUAAGGAGUUCUCCUAACGUGAGCAAAGAGCGAAUAGAAAAAACGUCUCAACGUUUAACGCCUGAGACUAAACCAGUUUUUAAGCCAUACGAAAAUAACGUGUCGUCCAGAAAAACAGAAGAAAACCGUCCAUCAUCCAAAACCAGUAUACAGAAUGCGACGGAAGAUAAAAAGUACGACAACCAGAGUCCAGGAAGGAAAACUGCUUCACCUGCCAGUAGCACUUCCGCAACUCCAAACUUGGAAACUGGAAAAACUUCACCAGAAGAGAAAUCAUCUUCUCCGUCGGCAAGAGGCGCUAGCCCAAUUAUACGUUCGGGCCUCGAAAUACUACAAGGACAUUCAAAAGACACUUCUCUUGGUACAUACAAACCCAGUGCUCUCUCAUCGGGACUAAGUGGUGGUUUAAGCGGACAUUUGAGUGCUUUGUGUUGCCCUCCGGGACUUGAUGCAGCGAACCCCGCGUUCAGACCGCCAUUCCCGGGCGCACCUUUCAGUGCACAUCAACACGCUGCCAUGUUUGCUGGAGGAUAUCCGGGUGCUGCAACUGGACCAUACUUGAGUUAUGCCAGGGUCAAAACUCCUUCUGGUGGCGAAGCCCUGGUGCCAGUUUGCAAGGACCCGUAUUGUACUGGUUGCCAGUUCAGCAUGCAGAACCAACAGUUAUUGAUGAGUGGCGCCACCGGACCUUGCCCUUCAGGUUGUACACAGUGUGAUCAUCAGAAAUACAACUUAGCCAUGGCGAUGUCGCUGGUACAACCUGGACCUAUACCACCAUCUUCCUUAGCUUACUCUCAACUGGGUCGUCCGUAUGUUUGUAAUUGGAUAGCAGGUGAAACAUACUGUGGAAAGAGAUUCGUUACAUCUGAGGAGCUCCUACAGCACCUGCGCACUCACACUAACGGAUCAGAUCCUUCGUCUGUUGUUUCUUCGGCAGCUUCUAGUUUGUUGAAUCAUUCUUUGAUGUAUUCUUCGGCAUCUAUGCACCGACCUGGUUAUCCUAAUGCGCCUUUGAGUCCUUUGUCAGCUGCGAGGUACCAUCCAUACGGUAAGCCUACUUUACCGACCUCUUUGACAGCUUCUCCCUACAGUGCGUUUAAUCCUACAGCACUUGGACCUUAUUAUUCGGCUUAUUCCAUGUACGGACAAAGGUUAGGUGCAGCGGCAGUACAUCAAUAG